CCACCAUCUGCUCUCGGCCCCGCGUUGACGAUCAGUACUCCGUCAUCCAGGCAGAUCCUGCCACGCUACCCAGCGCCUCCCGCUCCUGGCCCGAGGGACAAGCUUGUUACGUGGCAUCAAACACCGCUAACCUUGAGCUGCUGUGUAGGCUCAUCAUCGAGGGUGACGCCACGCCACCUGUCAUUCCCAUCUAACUGUCCCCAGCAACUGUCAGUGCGUCGCAGCCUACCAUCAGCUUCCUUUCCCCCAAACCAAGAAGCGCGGGAAUGGAGCUUGAAGGAGGUUCUGGGCCGCGUCGUGGUAGCAGAGCGAGAAAGCCAACAAGCAAAGCUGUAGAUGAGGUGCCCGUCCCACUGUAUGAGGAACCUGUUGGUAAGAGGAGCAAGAAAACCAAUCUGUCGCGAACUUCGCGCGUGACGCCAACACAGCAGGUCCGAGAAGCAUCGUCCGAGCUAGAAGAGGGAGCAGAGUUAUAUUGUACAUGUAGGAAGGGAGACGAUGGACAGCCUAUGGUGUGGUGCUCAGAGUGUGAAGAUUGGUUCCAUUUCGCAUGCAUCGGGUUAUCAGAGGAGGCUGCACAAGCUCUGUCAUCGUAUGUCUGUGAGGCAUGCUCGGCUAAAACUGGCAAGAUCUCUACAGGUCUAGAAUUGGACGCACCAUCAGCUUCAGAGCAAGAGGCCGCGCGUCAUUAUCAUUCGCCCUCAGAUGCUGCCUUGCUGGAGCAGAAUCAGACACCCGAUUUGACUAAUCCUCCCGCAAUCUCUUCCAAGUAUGGCAAGACCGCAGCGGCAAAGAGGAAAGCUGCAGAGCAUGAUGUUGAGGCCCCGAGUGGUCUCAACCGCGUCAUAGACAAUCCUGAUGUGGCGCUUGCGUCUUCUAAGCCCGAAAUUGAAAGCAAGCAACCCAGUGUUGACGAUGGUGCCAAAUCUCCGCUCGAGCCACGGCCUUUGAAACGGGCCAAGAGUGGUGAUGAGCCGACCAAUGCAAUAGCAUCAUCCAGUCUUGCUGGCAAAGCUGCGACCAAGCAGAGCGUACCCGCUGCGCGUGCAGCGUCCAAAGCGUCGGCUCAAGGUGUUGAUGCCCUGGCAUCUGUGCACCGAAGGUCCUCUGGAGCUGGCGAGAAGCGUGUGCCUUCGCCCGCGAGCGCGGCCAGCUCAGCUGCGAAACGUAAAACCUCGUCUUCUGACUUCGAGCUUGCAAGGAAGGCACGACAGACAGCCGUAGCCCUGCGUCAGCACGCCGUCAACCAAUUCACUGCGGUUGUCCAAGGCUUUUUGAGCGACGCCAAUGCCGACGAGAGGGAUGUUGGCAUUGGGAACGAUGAAGCUCGCAAGCAGCACAACGAAGCGGCCGCAGUCUACGCGCGGACGCUCGAGCAACAGAUGUGGAAGGGCAACGCAGAAAUCACAACGGUGGGAAAGGAGAGAAUCGCGACGGGAGGCAAAGCGUACAAAGAUCGUCUCCGUUUGCUACUGUUCAGCCUCAAGGACAAGGCUAAUAAGGGCUUGCACGCUCGUAUCAGACUAGGGGUCUUGCAGCCCGACGAGCAGACAGCUGUCAGUGCGGUUGCAUUGGCCGCCAUGACUUCCGACGAGCUAGCCAACGACCAGACACGCGAGGAACUUGAACGUCGAAAGCGAGAAAAUCUGGAGCAAAGCGUGUUGGGCAAAAUGGCUGAUGUGCCCCGACGCAAGUUCACGCACAAGGGAGAAGAGGAUGUGGAGUUUGAUCAGGGAACUCGCGAACGAGAAGCGGCCGACGAUCAGCUGCGUCUGGCGGUCAAGGAGCGCAACAAGACGGAACAAGAGGCUGUCGACCACCACUCGCCCCCUCCUGGCGCUUCGAACACGGAAACCGCCCUCGCAAGAUUGGAACAUCGUUCGAUAUCCGAAACAGCUUUGAGCACCACGCACGCACUCCAGUCACCCUCGAUGCCUCAUUCUCAGCAAGUGCAAGAGAGGGUGUCUGCUUCACCUGGUACUCAUCGAAGCAGCGCCAAUUCUGAGCCUCCCCUCCCUCUCCCAGCUCGAGACUCCCCUCUAAAGGCAAGCUUCGAUUUUGGCGAUUUGUGGACAGGGAAUGACAAAGCUGGUGAAGACACGACGAAUGCGGAGGAAGAACAGCAAGAUGGCACGGGCGAUGGAAAGGAAAAGAUGGAAGAAGGAACCCCUGUUGAAGAUGACAAGGGCUCAAAUCACGGCGACGCAGACGACUUUAUCGAUUCAUUCUUAGGAAAGCGAGCAGAUACACCAGAACACCAGGCGGACAACGGAGAUCCAAAUGUGGAAGCUCAUUCACCAGAGCAGCAUCAAGAAGCAGCACAAUCACGCUCCGUCUGGCAAGGGGCGAUCAGCAUGCCCGAAGUCGGCCUGUGCAGUGGCUCAGCUCAUCAAGUAGCAGGACCUUCGCUUGGGGAUGACUUGAGCGUCUGGCAGCUCUUUUUGCCAUCGGUGCACAGCUUUUUGGAAGGUCGUCUGCCUGCAAAAGUUGCGGCAGACUAUCUGCUCGAAAGCCUCAGAGCCCCACGCAACGAGCUGGUAGUGCUUCAACUCGAGCCGAAACUCGUCCCCGAUGGGUUGGCUGCAGCUGCAGCUGCUGUCAAGAUGGCUGCUCCACAGACGGAAGAGGUCAAUGCAGCUGCCUUCUCCAACUUUGCUGGGUGGUUCCAAGGCCGGUCUCGUUACGGAGUCUUGGCACCCGCGCGCAGUGCUCGCGGGCGGAUCAUCAAAGAUUUCUACGUGGCGCCGCUGCCAGCCCAUGCCGAGCUGCCAGAAUGGCUGACAGAGUCGGGCGCGCCUAUCGACGAGGCGCCGAGAGAGAGGGACCUCAUACUACUCGUUGCCGUCAUUUUCAAAGACACCAUCGGUUCCGUCGAUGGAAGAAGAGCUGCUUUGAGAGACGUCAACAAAGGUCAUUCUUCACCUUACAGCCGUAUACCGCCCGUAAGAAAGGACGGAGCAAGUAGCCCACAUGGGUUGCAUAGCAGUAGUCAGAGCCGCUCUGCUGCCAUUGCGCCCAAAGCCCAUUCCCCACAGCAGGCUUCGAGUUCCGCGCAGCCUCACGCAGCCAGCAGCGUCGCAGCAUUCCCUGGCGGUCCGACAGCACUACAGGAUCUGCUCAAAGCGGUAGGAGGUGGUGCGCUCGCAGCUUCUGCACCUGAUCAGCCGGUGGUGCCAUCGUCUGAAGGGAACGCCACGCACGCCGAUUUUGUGGAGGCCGCGACUGCCAAUGGGCACACUGGACCCAUGGCGCAACCCACGGCUGCGGCCUUGUCCCAGAUGACGGCGCCUGAUCUGGAUAAUAUCCUGUCCGCCAAUCCUACGCUUGUCAGUCAGCUCUUGUCUAGCCUGGGUUCAUCGGGUCUGAGCGGAGUCGACAGGAAUCAAUCUUCAGCAAAGACCAAUCCCGGGCCACCACCCCCAGGGCCCCCGCCCGGACCUCCUCCGGGCCCGCCUCCAGGACCCCCGCCCAAAUUUCCCUCUGAUUCGCCGUCCGAUCCAUCUCUGAGCCAGACCCAAGAUUGGCAAGGUUGGAAUCAUCACCAUCACCAGCCUCAUGCACCAUACCCUCAAGCUGCCCAGUCCUAUGGACAGGGAUGGAAUGCCGCAACUGCACCUCAGGCCAGUAGCUCAAACGCUAGUCGAUACGCAGCUUAUACCGGUCCUACGCACAUAGAGUAUCGCAAUGCGGCUCAAGGCCCUGGACAGGUCGACCAUGGCUGGGGUCCUCGACCUCCUCAACCUUUCAGAGGCGGUGGGGCACCGAUGCGAGCGCGAGGCAUGAUGCGGGGCGGUCGUGGUCGAGGCGGCUUGUGAGGAGCUCAAGAUCUGCUUAGACAUGCCGACUUUGCGGGUGUCUGGCGGUUGUUGGGCGCGGAGAAUGGGGCAUCGCCAGCGCAUACCCGCCAUUCUUUCAGAAGCAGCGCUGAGCUCAGUGGCAGCUUGUGCAAAGUGAUUUUGCUCAUUGACUCAUCCUUUGGUACUUUCCUCAAUCCCAAGGCUCUCUCUCACCCAUUGUACCUUUAGUUUUCAACCAACGACCGUGAUAAGAUUGAAAAUCUCAAUAGCUAAUACAACC